CUGGGGUUAUUAUGGGUUAUCGUUGCUAGCAGAACAGAACUCGCUGAAAGGCAGUGGUCACAACAAACAAGAUAGGCGCGAAUUCGAGUUUGACACACGGUACUUAUGAUGUAAAUGGAAAUAUUAGUUUUGACAAAGUCACAAAAUAUUUCUCUGGGCACUAUAGCGCUGUAAAAGUUUAACAGGAAGUCUAACGAAUAUGCUUCAUCGUAAGGGUAAAUUAGGCUGGUGUAGCUAGAUGUAAGGUUUUUUCAGAGGGAUUUUGACACUUUGUGGACCGCAUUUUGUCAGGAUAUGUGGGAUGCAUUGACACCCACCCAUAUGAGUCUGAGAUGCAGCACAUGACAAAGGACGUGCGGUCUGUUUUGCGAUUCGCUGUCAUAACCAGACUGCUAUCUCUUCUGCUGCAGGCAUUGCUGAAUUGUGCCAUUCCAGAUCAUGAAGCAGAUGCUUUCAGUCCUCCUCCAGCAGAGAAUCCUCUCCUUCUGAAUCCCAUCACUGAGGUGCUGUUGGGUGGCCUUGGACGCUGGGAUGCCCAACACUUCCUCUUCAUUGCGGAGCGUGGCUAUGUGUUUGAGCACAACUUUGCGUUUUUCCCCCUUCUCCCAGUGGUCCUGCGAUCUGUUGCCGCAGGUUUGCUUUGGCCCCUCAGUCCCUGGCUGACGUUGCACGGGAGACUGUUGCUGGCCGUGGCCCUGGUUAACAGUGUACUAUUUGUCCUGAGCGCGGUCGCUCUAUAUGGCCUUGGCUGCUUGGUCCUCCGAGACCGUCGUCUGAGUCUGCUUUCUGCGCUUCUCUACUGCCUGACGCCUGCGAAUGUCUUUCUCAUGGCAGGGUAUUCUGAAAGCCUCUUUGCUGCACUCACGUUUGGUGGCCUCUGGCUUCUGGAGCGGGGGGCGACUGCUAAGGCGUGCCUUGUGCUUGGGCUGGCCACUGGUGCGCGGGCGAAUGGCUUGGUGAAUGGUGGUUACCUGCUGUACCUGCCCUUGCAGAGGGCACUGUGUCAGGCCAAAAAGCUCAGCAGGGAUCCUGGAGACAAGUGGAGGAGCCUGCGCUAUGCAUGGAUUGCCAUUCGUUUUAUGGCCACUGCUGCUGUUGGUGUUUCUGUCAUCAGCUUGCCUUUUGGUGUCUUUCAGUACUAUGGAUAUAAAACGUUUUGUGAGCAGUCAUCAACCCAGGGAUCAGUAUCCCCUAGUCUGCUGACCCUUGCCCAGCAGAAAGGCUACAGAGUUCCCGAUGCAGCCUCUCCUAUGCCCCCCUGGUGCUUAAAACCCCUGCCUCUUCUGUACUCCUACAUUCAGGACGCCUACUGGGAUGUAGGUUUCCUGAAAUAUUUCCAGUUGAAGCAGAUCCCCAAUUUCCUGUUAGCCCUACCAGUGACUACCCUGGGGCUGCUGGCUCCCUAUGUGUACUUCACGUCUGACCCAGAGUAUUGCCUGUGGCUUGGCCUCUUCAACAGACAUGCAAAAGAGAAAGAAGAGAAGCCACCCUCUGGAUUCUACAGCAGGAAGGUUUUUGUCUAUGUUGUCCAUGCCACCGUGUUGCUGCUCUCUGGCUUAUUUUGUAUGCAUGUACAGGUUCUGACUCGUUUUCUCGGAUCCUCUUCUCCUGUGAUCUACUGGAUUAGCGCUCAUUUACUUGUAUCACAAGAACCCUUGCUGGUGGAGGACCACACUGCAGCUUGUGUGAUAGAAAAGAAGGAACGGAUACCUAAUAAUAUUUCCCUCUUUGGUAUGGCGUGGACAAGAUUGGAUCAUAACCCCAUUACAGAGUUAUUGAAUCAGUGGGGAUCGUGCUCAUUCCGAAGCCAUUGCAUUUUGGGAUAUUUCCUGUCCUAUUGGGUGGUUGGCCUUGCUUUACACUGUAACUUUUUACCAUGGACCUGACAGCGCUGUCAUUGGACAGGUGUAUCGUUUAAUCCUAUUGUACAUUGUGUGUAUUUCAAUAAAUAAAUGCUUUAAAAAAACGGU